GCUGCCGUCUCAGCCCAAAUUGGCGGACGCCGAAGUCUAAACUCUAAAACCCUUUCUUUUUUAGGGUUUUAGGCAACGGCGCCGGAAGUAAUUUUUCGUAACUGAUGAUGCUCUCUUGACCGAGACAACUUCUUGUUCUUCCUCCUAAAUAAAACCAGAAGUCGAUUGCCACCUCUUGGAGAAAAGCUAGAUUAUCUGAAAUGCUUACCCAAUCCAAUCAAUUUCUUGCUUUCCCUCCAAUUUUGUAUAAAAAACCCUAUCUUAAGCUUCAGUUGUUUCCCGUUCGGUUUGAAUUUCGAUAUUUUCAUGGCGCUAAACUCGCCCAUAGAACAAAGAUUUCAGUCACCGAGUCAACUCAUUCACCCUCUUCUCUGUUGGCUACUCGUGUCUCUCGGGUUGCAAGAACAGAAGCUCAAGGCGUUCUUUUUGAUUAUUUGCACUGUACUAGAAACUUAAGCUUCACAGACGCUGAACAUAUUAGCAAAAACUCACCCAAUUUUGUUCAAGUUUUGUUGUCGAAGAUUCAUUGUGAAAAGGAUGUGACCCGGUCUCUGGCCAAAUUUCUUAGAUACAAUCCAUUAAAUGAGUUUGAGCCGUUUUUUGAAAGUUUGGGUUUGAGCCCGAGUGAGGUCACAGCUCUUCUUCCUCGGGACUUGAUGUUUUUAACUGAUGACAGUGUUAUGCUUGAGAACUAUCAUGCUUUAUGCAAUUAUGGGAUUCCUCGUGCUAAUAUAGGUAAGAUGUAUAAUGAAGCAGGAGAGAUUUUCAGAUAUGAUUAUGGAGUGUUGGCUUUGAAGCUUGAAGCAUAUGAAAGUUUGGGUCUUGCCAAAGCAACAGUCAUAAAGCUUGUCACUUGUUGUCCAUUUCUUCUGGUUGGUGGUGUUAAUGGCAAUUUUGUUCUUGUUCUUGAUAAACUCAGGAGAUUAGGAAUGAAAAAUGAUUGGAUUGGAGGAUAUUUAACACCGAAAAGGACAUACAAUUGGUGUAGAAUACUUGACACCAUUGAUUUUCUUGAUAAAGUGGGUUACUCCGAGGAUCGCUUGGGUAAUCUGUUGAGGACAAAUCCUGAAUUGGUGUUUGAAGGUUCAGGGAAGAUGGUUUCUGUGUUGUUUGGCAGGCUGCUGAAACUGGGGCUUAAGAUGAAUGAAGUUUAUUCUUUGUUUAUGAAAAACCCAGAAAUCUUGUCAUCUAAAUGUAUAAAAAAUUUGUUUGAGGCACUGAAUUUCCUGUUUUAUAUUGGGAUGGGAACAGAAGACAUAGCGAAGGUUGUGUCUAGUAACAUAGAGCUUAUGGGUUCAUCUUCUUUGAAAGGACCAAGGACUGUCUGCAAAGAUCUAAAAGUUACCAAAGAUGGCCUAUGCCAAAUUAUUAAGGAAGAACCACUCAAGUUGUUCAGCCUGGCUUCUAAAUCAAAAGUCAGAAGAAAAGAGCACAUAACUUCCCUUGAUUCAACUAAACAUAUGGAGAAAACAGCAUUUUUAUUGAGGUUAGGGUAUGUUGAAAACUCAGAUGAGAUGAUGAAAGCUUUGAAACAGUUUCGAGGCAGAGGAGAUCAAUUGCAGGAAAGGUUUGAUUGCCUGAUAAAUGCUGGUUUAGACUGCAAUGUAGUUACUAGCAUAAUUAAACAAGCUCCAAUGGUGCUUAACCAGUCAAAAGAUGUUAUUGAAAAGAAGAUUGAUUGCUUGAGAAACUGUUUAGGUUAUCCGCUUGAAUCUAUAGUUGCAUUUCCAGCAUAUUUAUGUUAUGAUAUCGAAAGAAUAAACCACAGAUUUGCAAUGUAUGUGUGGUUGAGAAAGAGAGGUGCAGCAAAAACCAUGUUAUCCUUGAGCACCAUUCUUGCUUGUUCCGAUGCAAGAUUUGUGAAGUAUUUUGUUAAUGUUCAUCCUGAAGGUCCAGCCUACUGGGCUAAUUUAAGAAAAUCAUCUACUUCAAGCUAACAGUUGUUGUAUUUUUUUUUUUUUUUAAUUUCUUUCUUGAGAAAUGUAAUAUUCUUUAGCAAGAGUUAUGUAGAAGAUAAAAUUCAUCCUGCACAAGAAGAGGGGCCCGAAAAUCAGGAGUCACCUCCAGACAGAUAAAAGUCAUUAGAUACUCAUAUAA